AUGAACUGCAGCGCAAGCUCUCCCGAAGAUGUGCUGCCCAACGCCGACAAGCUCAAAGGACGUGAAAAUUGGGAUGAAUGGGCAGUCCGUGUCGGGCGCAUCCUCAAACGUCACAACCUCUUCUUCGUCACCACGAUACGGGAACCGCAUGUCAACUCCAUGAGAGGCAGAAGCGACAAGGCGAUGGCCAUGAUUCGCCAAAAUUGCGGCCCGAGCGUGCUGGCGGCCCAAGAAGGGCAGUGCUCGAAUGCCUGGGUCAUGUGGAGGAGACUCGACUAUCUCUACAGCCCUAAUCACCAAGGCACCACUCUCAAUCGUAGAAACUUUCAGGCGCGGCUGCUGCAUGAUGUUCAUGUAUUCAACACCAUGUUCAACAGGCGAUUCUGCCAGAUAUACGGAAGCUCCUACUUGGACGGCCGAGGAUCCACAUCCAUCCCCUCGGCGCGCCUUGCCUACUACGACCUUGUUUUUGACGUCUAUGACGGCUGGGUCUGCAGGCGGAAGGAGAGAGAGAAAGGGGAGAACAACGUUUCUCUGUUUGCUAUACAGGAUGAGCUGGCCGAUUAUGUGUCCGUUCUGGACUUUUCCAUAGAGAGAUGCUAUGGCAUCGUGCCCCCGGUCAACACGAUGUCUGGCUUUGAGCCGGACAGUAGAGGGAAUAAUUCGAAUUUCUCUCCGUCCGAGAGUGAUUCCAACACAGGUAAAUCGAACCAGCAACGCACAGGAUGUGUCACUUGUCUGCUUCUUGGCAUCUGCCAUGGAUACACGCCGACGUGCGUACCGAGCAACAAGUUGACUGCGCUGGAGGAGACUGUCCUCUACCUAUCCUUGCUGUGGCAGACAUGGCGACGACUGUCGUUUCCUCCAUGGCGCCUGGUACUCUAG